UUAUUAUUAACAGGUUCCAAGACACAAAAACCCAUGGCUGAUGUUAAUUUUACGUUGGUUACCGAGUUUAUCCUGUUGGGACUGACAGAGCGUGCUGAACUGAAGGUGGUCCUCUUCGCGCUGUUCCUUUUCAUCUAUACCAUUUCCUUGGUGGGGAAUCUGGGAAUGCUCUUUCUAAUCAAAAUAACUCCCAAACUCCACACGCCCAUGUAUCAUUUUCUUAGCUGCCUGUCAUUUGUGGAUGCCAGCUAUUCGUCAGUUUUCGCACCCAAAAUGCUGCUGAGCUUCUUUGUGGAACAGGAGACUAUCUCCUUCUCUGCGUGCAUUGUGCAAUAUUUUUUAUUUGUGUCACUCCUUACCACCGAGGGCUUCUUGCUGGCAGCGAUGGCUUACGACCGUUACAUGGCCAUCGUAAACCCCUUGCUUUAUACAGUGGCCAUGACUAAGGUAGUCUGUGUCCUGCUGGUUUUCGGCUCUUGUGUGGGAGGGUUCAUCAAUUCACUGACACACACAAUUGGCUUGUUGAAACUGACUUUCUGUGGACCAAAUAUCAUCAGUCACUUCUUCUGUGACCUCCCCCCUCUGCUGAAACUGUCAUGCUCUGAUACAUCCCUGAAUGAACUGUUGCUUUUAAUUUUUUCUGGCAUCAUUGCCAUGAUCACUUUCUUGACCGUGAUGAUCUCGUACAUCUUCAUCGUCGCUGCGAUCCUGAGGAUCCGCUCGGCUGCUGGGAGACGCAAAGCCUUCUCCACCUGUGCCUCGCAUCUAAUGACGGUGACUUUAUUUUACGGCUCGAUAAGCUUCAGUUACAUUCAACCAAGCUCCCAAUACUCCUUAGAGCAAGAAAAGGUCGUAUCUGUGUUUUAUACCCUGGUCAUUCCUAUGUUAAAUCCACUGAUUUACAGCCUAAGGAACAAAGAAGUAAAAGACGCUGUGAAAAGGGCUCUAGAAAUGAAACCCGGUCCUUGUUAA